CCAUGACAACACCAGGGCCCCCGAAGAGCAGACAGAGCAACACCAAGAAGGGGGUGGGGUGCUCACCGUCACCUUAGGCUCGGCCACACUCACCUACCAGAACGUGACGCCACAACACGCCGGCAUGUACGAGUGUAGGGUGGAUUUCUAUCAGUCCCCCGCCCACACCAACCUGGUCAAUUUCUCCGUUGUGGAGUUGCCAACCAGCGUGCAGAUCAUUGACAGGCAGACAGGCCACCCAAGGAACGGUAUUCUGGGGCCCUAUUACCCUGGCCAGAAUAUAAUGUUGACAUGCAUAUCCCUGAAUGGUUCCCCCUUACCCAACAUCACGUGGUGGAAAGAUAACAGGGUCAUCAGUAAUGUAUGGGAAGUAACAGGCCCGGCGAAGGUACAGAGUGACCUUACCAUUGACAACGUGACCCGAGAUUGGCAUAACCAGACCUUGAGUUGUACAGCGACAAACACACAUCUAGCCAUUCCUGUGUCUGUGACUGUGCUCAUCCAGAUGUAUUUGCUGCCCUUAAGCGUCGUGAUCAGCAGCCCGGGCGCCGCCAGAGAAGGUCAGCAGACGAGGCUCACGUGCACGGUUCACGGUUCACGCCCACCGCCCAUCAUCACGUGGACCUUGAGGGGCAUCACCAAGAGGGCGGAGCUUAAGGAGAAGAACCAUGGCCUCGUUUCUGUGUCCGAACUGCUUGUGAACGUGACUCGAGCGGACGACACGACGAGGGUCAAAUGUACGGCAGAGAAUCCCGCUGUGCCUGGCUCCGUCCUCAGCAACUAUACCACUCUCACUGUACACUAUCCUCCUUCAGUAACAGCAUCCGUAGGACGGUCCUUGAAACCCGAUCUACUGAAGGAGGGCGAUGAUGUCUACUUCACGUGCAGUGUGGCCGCCAACCCCCCUGCCUCCACCAUCACUUGGUAUCAUGAGGAGGAGAAUAUUCAGCAUGGGCAGGCUAUACUCCACCCCUCUCUUCUCCCUCAGGGGACGGUGCAGGUGCAAAACGUGUCCCAGGGGGUGAUCGUGUCCGGGGAGAGCCUCGUACUGCAGAAAGUGAGGCGAGACAAAGCAGGGAAGUAUAAGUGCGGAGCCUCCAACGCCCUGGCCACCGUCACCAGCGCCCCCGUCCACCUCAAGAUCCGGUACAAGCCCGAGUGCCAGACGUCGCCGACCACCUACUUCAUCUACGACAAGCCCAUCAACGUGACGUGCACAGUGUCGGCGCACCCCCCCGUCCAGACCAUCACGUGGCAGUGGAAUAGCAGUGAGGAGGUCGUCGCUAUUCAGCAGGUGAGAGCAGGACGCCUCGAGCAGAUCACGGCCCAGCUGACCGUGCAUCCCGUGGAGAGCAAGGAGGAUCGAAUUCUCUCCUGCUGGGCUGUGAACGUCAUGGGGAAGCAGGAGCACGCGUGUGGCUUCUCGAUCAAGGUUGCAGAAAUGCCACUGCCCCUGUCUUCAUGUCGCCUGGCCAACAUCACUGCCUCAUCACUCAGCCUCACUUGCCAGCGUCCUCAUGUCAUCACGACGGGCACCACACUCUACAGGGCUGAG